AAAUAUGUUGUCAUAAAUAGCUUUCCUAACUAUGCCAACUGAUAACAACCCAGCACCAAACAUACCAUUAACAAAGCUAUUCAUUCAUGUUAUAUUCAUCUAUAAAUAAACUCUUCCUAUUGUCAAAAACUUCAUUCACUACUAGAAACUUAGCUUUUAGUGACAUAGAAAUUAAUCAUGGUGAAUCUUGUGGCAGCACAAAAACCAUUGAUUCAUGGCCUAAUGAAAAUGGCAGGUAUAAGACCCUACACAAUAGAGAUAGAAUCAGGGACAACAAUGAGUUUUUGGGUACCUUCAGAAACCAUAUCAAAGCCCAAGAAAAAAGAAGCAAAACCUCAAAUAAUCGCGAAGCCUACUAAACCCGUGGUUGUUUUAGUCCAUGGUUUUGCCGGGGAAGGAAUAGUGACGUGGCAAUUUCAAGUUGGCGCGUUAACAAAAAAGUACUCUGUCUAUAUUCCGGAUCUUCUAUUCUUUGGAGGAUCCGAAACAGACAAAACCGAACGGUCUCCAAGGUUUCAAGCGGAGUGUUUGGUGACAGCAUUAAGGAAACUUGGUGUCGAAAAAUGUAUCGUCGUUGGUUUUAGUUAUGGUGGAAUGGUGGCGUUUAAAAUGGCAGAGAUGUAUCCUGAAUUAGUUCAAGCUAUGGUUAUAUCAGGAUCUAUUUUGGCUAUGACUGAUUCAAUUAGUGCCACUUCAUUGCAAGAACUUGGAUUUUCUUCUUCUUCUGAACUUUUGUUGCCUAAUUCUGUUAAAGGUCUUAAGGCGCUUUUGUCUAUUGCAGCUUAUAAAAAGCUUUGGUUUCCUGAUCGUUUACAUAGAGACUUUCUUGAGGUGAUGUUCACAAAUAGAAAGGAACGUGGUGAGCUACUAGAAGGCUUAGUAGUUAGUAAUAAAGACAUCAACAUUCCAAAUUUCCCACAGAGGAUACAUCUUCUAUGGGGUGAAAAUGAUCAAAUUUUCAAAUUGGAACUUGCUCAAACUAUGAAAGGACAACUAGGAGAUGGCACAACGUUUGAAAGCAUAGAGAAAGCUGGUCAUCUUGUUCACUUGGAGCGACCAUGUGUUUAUAAUAGAUGCCUCAAGAAAUUUAUUGAUUCCUUCUUAGCUUCAAACGAAGCUAAAUAAUAAUUACUUAUUCAACUCCUUAAUUGGAUCUGGUUAUUGGUCGUGGCACACAUAAUUCUAUUCGAUAUGUGUCGAGUAAUAAAUAUGAAUAUUUUACGAGUUGGGAUUCAAAUCUUAACUCUUUAUUUUGUAAUAGUCUGUUAAACGUGUCCUUUGUUUAUUUAUUAUGUUC